GUCCAUCCACGUGUGGCCGUGCCUCUGUUUGCUUGUCCUGCCUUCCGCCGAUCCCCGCUCGAGCGAGAACGCCCUUGACAGCCUCGCCCUUCCUAGAUACUGGCGCCUCGCGAGCUUGUGUGGGCACAGCUCAAGAGCCAUGGGCGCCGAGCAGAGUACUGCGGUGGAGCCUGGCGCGGAGCAGGCAGCCCCAGCGCUGGCCCGGCCCCAGGGCUGCGGUGAUGCCGCCGGCGGCGCGCGCCCAGAAGGAUCCCUGGCAGCACCGCCCGCUGCGCCCCCGGCGCUCAUGGGCAGUGGGCCACCAGGCACCGACCAGGCCAACUUGGAUCUCCUGACCCAUGUCAUGCGGCAGCUGGGUCAGCGGGAGAACCACACGCUCCUCCUGAGCGACCUCGGGGCGCUGCUCCCCCAGGACCUGCGCAACCAGGUGAAGGAGCGCGGGGGCCUCCGCAGCGCGCUGCAAAGG